AAUCUACCGUUUCCGUGGUUUUAGGCACUUCCGACCUCCCCAUCUGUCAUUUGUCACUAUAACGCGCGCUUUUUUCAACCUCAACCACAAGAUUAUCACCAGCGCAGAAACUCCGCAUUAUCAAUUCGCUUCCAUUAUCACCACCAGCCUCGACCAUCGUGAUAACACCGAGAAUGAGCGCCGUAGAUCAAGUCCUCCAGUUUCUCUCAGACCAAAACCGACCCUUCACACCCAAUGACAUCCUCCAAGGUUUGAACCAAAAGCUAGGCAAAAGCCAGAUUGUAACAACCCUCAAUAAACUCGUCGAGCAGAAUAGAGUAAUCGAGAAGAAUUGCGGCAAGCAAAAAAUCUACUGCGUGGCCCAAAAAUCCUCGGCUCUUGGUACCUCCAAAGAGACAACCGUGCUAGAAAUCGAGCGCCAGAAUUCGAGCCUAGCACUCAAACUCAAAGACGUCGAAGACCAACUAGAGAAAAAGAGAGCUCAGUUGAGACAGUUUGAAGCAAAACCAACCAAAAACCAGCUGCUACAAAAGAAGCAAGAUCUAGAAGACGAGAUCAAACAAAUCCGGGAGCAACUGAAAGCUUACCCUGAAGACACCUACGACAAAACCGCUAAAGACAAAAUCGAGAGAGAGUACCGAGCUGUGUUGAAAGAGUACAACAAGCGGAGGAAGAUGUGUACGGAGAUGGUAGACGCGAUCUUCGAGAACUACCCCAAGACGAAGAAACAUCUCCUUCAGGAAAUCGGGAUCGAAACAGACGAUGAUGUAGGUUUUAAGGUUAAAGUACAAAUAAAGUGACUUACUCUACUGAUGAUAA